UUCAAUCACACAAAAUGUUCAGUUUAGUAACUUUCUUGUUUUUCUUCAGUUCUUUUCUCUUCUCUGGAUCAAAAGGAGACACAUGUUGUGCUGCUAAUCCAAAAAACUAUUACUAUUUAGGAGAUACGCAGGUAAAUUGGGCUAAUGCUGUUAAAGCAUGCCAAGUCGUUGGAAUGAGAUUAGUUAGUAUCCAGAGUGAAGCUAAGAAUAACGAAAUCGCCGCAUUUUUGCAAUCCACAGGAGUGAACUACCUAGGAUUCAAUAACGGUAUCUGGACUUCAGGAACUAGACAACAGGACAAAGUUCAUUGGCUUUGGCUAGCUCAGGAACCUUUUGUGUACACCAAGUGGGAUACUCUUUUUGGGGAACCAAACAAUGGUACUGGGAACGAAGAAUGCUUACAAGUAAUUAAUAACGGAACAACUACUGAUUGGAAUGAUAUCGCUUGUAAUCGCUUGUUUUAUCCUUUGUGCGAGAAACAGGUAUGUUGCUCUGGUUGCAACUGUAGAUCUUAGUGCUUUGUUUAAGCAAUUUUACAGCAAUAUAAAUUACAAUUUCUUAUUUAUGUAACAAUAAUGGUGUUUAUAUUAUAAUAAAAAUAAUAAUACCUACAUAA